CCUCCUCAGGGCGGUGGUGUGAAGGGAGACAUGAGGGUACCAGUGGCGUCGGUGUACCGCACGGGCGGUGUGGGCGGCCUGGUGGGGUGCGUCGGCGUGGCGGCCUCGGCGCCCACCGUACACCACCACCACAUCGACCACGACGAGGAGCAAAUCUCACGCCUGGCACACCACCUCUCGCAGAUCUCCAGUGACCAUGAGGGCCUCCAGGUGCUGGACCAGGAGGACUUGGCCGCCCUGCUGCCCGAUGUAAGCAGCGGCAGCGGCCACCAGGAUGGCUCCUCCGUGUCCCUGGAUGGCUUCACCGAUGACGUGGUGGUGUCCCGUGGCGGCUCAGACACCGAGGGAGAGGAGCCUACCACCGCUGCUGCAGACGCUGCUGCCGCUGCUGCUGCUGCUGCUGCCGCUGCUGGAGAGGAAGAUGAUGACCUGCCAGAUGUCAUUGUACAUGAGGCCAUCAACUCCAUGGCCAUGGUUGGCGAGGAGGCCCUCAAGUUCAAUACGGUGCUCAUGGACGACCUCGAUGACGUGGAUGGCCGAGGCCGUGCCCGCCAGCAGCAGCAGCAGCAACAGCAACAGCAGCAUCAACAGCAGCAGCAGCAGCAGAGCCAGGCCAGGCUAGGCCAGCAGCAACAGCAGCUGCAACAACAGCAACAGCAACAGAGAGCAGCCAGGAGUCCCAGGGCUGAGUCUGGGUCGAGGGGCCGUGAGGACCUAACCUUUGGGGACAAAAAGAAGCGAGGGAGGCAGUCUCGACCUCUGCCGGGGAAGGAUCCCCACCCAGAGGAAGAGCCAGACCCGCCCUCCAUGCCGGAGCUGGAGAGCUACGUUCCCCUGGACUGCAACGUGUCCAACGUGUCCCCGGACAGCGGCAUUCAGUCAGUGAAUGGCUCUCCCCUGCACCACAUCGGGUCUCCGCCGCACCACCACUCGCCUCUCUACAGUGCCGGCAAGACUGGCGAUGGCUCUGGGGGACACACCCGGCCCUACUCCCCCACCUAUGUCUCUCAGGACUCCCCGCCACCCCCCACACUGUUGCCAGCCGUCACACCCCCACACUUGCUGGGCUCACCCCAGUAUGAAUAUGACGACCCCCCGCACUCGCCCCAGAUGCCUGCCCUCAAGUGCCAGGUGGACCCCCCACCUGUCCUGCAUGCUGACACUGCCAAGCGCACCAGCCUGGAGGAGCAGGGAACCCUCAAGAAGCGAGGGCCGGGCAGACCAAAGAAAGAUCCAGACAUGCCCAAGAGACCACGAGGCAGACCCAAAGGAUCAAAAAAUAAGAAACCAAAGAAGAUGGACGGACAGCCGGUUGCCGCAGACUUCAAGGAUGACUUGCACAAGUUAGUGAGAGAAGUGGACAAUAAUGUUGCGUGCUGUAAGAGUGAGCAAGGAGCCGACGUGCCGGCGGCCAGUGCGAUGGAUGCGUGUAGUGAUAGCAAAUGGAACAAUGAUGUGGACAGUGAGGACCUCCCUCCGCCGCCAGAGCCCAUCCCUCCCCUGAGGCGAGGGCCAGGCAGACCCAAAAAGAUCCCUCCAGUGUUAGAGCCCAGUGUACCCCUCCAGGAACCACAACUAAACAAAGUACAAAGUGAGCACAAAGCUGAGUCUUGUGCAGAAAAAAGUGCCAAUCCUUCUAGUGCCAACCCUGACGUGCAGACACCAGGUUUUGAACCAUCCAACAACUCCAUGAAGUAUAAUAGAAAAAUUGGAGACCAGGGAUUCAAGGGAAAGAGGCCCGUGGGGCGGCCGAGGAAGUACCCCAAGAGAGAGGACGUCAACUCCGCCGGCAACAACCUCCCGGCCACGGCGGCCAGUAAGAAGUGUUUCAGCGAGAGGAUCAUGCACAAAAUCAUCAACGAAAAAGUACGCAACAGUGAGAAGUCAGACAAAUUAUCUGGCCGAGUUGACGAUCACGAGGGAUCUGUGGAGACCUUCGGUGAUCCGUACACCUUCCUUGACCUACCCUUCGCCAACGCACAGGACUCUGAGAGAAGGCACCGCAAGCGCCACUCAAAGCUAAAGUUCACGUCUGACGGCCUGCCAUUUGAGGGGAAGAAGAAGCGGGGCAGGAAAAAGGAGUUGCCUGCCAUCUUUGAAAAGGUCUACCGCAACCAGGAUAUGAAGGGCAAGAUCAAGAGUGAGAACGGGCGGCCCGCCUUCUGCCCCGCCACGCUGGCCUUCAAACAGAUGCACAAGAAGAAGAAAAAGAAACCGAAGCACUUCAAGAGCAAGCACAAGAACAUUGUGGACCCCGUGUUCCUUGCCGACCUGGAGGACCUGACUGGGGUCCAGCAGUGCUCCAUCUCCAAGGCGCCCAUCCUCAUACAGUCCAAACCCGGUGAAAUCCUCCUGCCCUCCAUUUUCCGGCUGAGGAAGGUGUCGCUGGCAGCCAAGAAGAGGCGGGGCAGCGAGAAGACGAGGACCAGUGACCGUGAGUCUGGCACGGAGGGAGAGAGUGGCAAGGAGAAGGCGUCAGGGAAGAGGAAGAAGAAGCUGCAGGAGGUUCCAAAACAGGGUCGGGAGCGGACGGAGGCCAACGAGCAGCGUCUGCCCCUCAAGAAGCGUCACCGCCACAUCUCUACGGCUGUGCCCGCCACGCCUGAGCCGCCCAAGAUGGACAAUGUGAAAAGUGAGCUCAGUUUGACAAAAGCCAGUGAGAAGGCAAACUGUGAUAAAGAACCGAGAAUUGAAAAGGAGGACAAGGACAGGUUAGCUAAGAUUGACCCCAGACCAGAAAAACUCUCUGUUCCAAAGACCUCCAAUAUGAUCGCUGAGACCCCAAAGCCAGUGAAGCCAGACACUAAGGUUGUCAAACAAAGCAGUGAGGAUCUCCCCAAGAAAUCUGAGGAUUCUCUGGUGCCCAACAAUGUGACGGCCAAAAAGUGCGAGGUGGCAAACUCGGUGGCGAAAAAGUGUGAGGUCAACACUUCCAUGGUGGCAAAGAAGUGUGAACUGACUACCAGCGUUGCCAAGAAAUAUGAUCUCAGCACCAGUGUCACCAAGAAGUAUGAGCUCAGCACCAAUGUCGCCAAAAAGUAUGAGCUCAGCACCAGUGUUGCCAAGAAGUAUGAGGAACCUGUCUCCAAGAGGACAGAGGAAAUGUCAGUACCUGAUAUAGUUGUAAAGAGUGCCGCCGCCCCGGAGGAGAGCCAGGCGAUACCCGUGCCAUGUGUGCCUGAAGCAGUGGUGAGCAAGGUGGCGGAGAAGCCCGAGCCUGCGAUGCGGGCUGACAGGGAACUCGCCUCCACCUCCACCCGCACCACCACAACCACCACCACCACAACCACCACACCCAAGAAGAGGCACAGACUGGAGGUGGAGCUGAGCCACACGCCGGCCACUGCCACAAGGGCCACCUCGGGGCUGGUCAAGGGCAAGGUGGAGAAGGAGGUCCCCAAGAGCAAGGAAAAAGAAGCGUCCAUCAGAGUGCCAGUGAACAAGUCCCCCAAAGCUACCAAAGAGCUGGCCUUGAAGGAGACCAGUCACGUGCUGCUACCUAAGGAAGAGUCCACUUGUGAUAACAGUCCCAAAGUGUGUGUUGUGGAGAAAAAGGAGGAGAAGGAGGAGAAGGUCGAGGAGAAACCCAGUAGUGAUAAUGGUGCUGAUAAGUCCCAGGAAACAGUGGAGCCUUAUGUUCCGAGCUCAGAGUCGGUGCCUGAAGCUGAGCCGCCCAAGGAAAGCUCUGGGACGCACUCUGACAGUGACAUCCCCAGUGAGCACGAGCCACUCUAUGACAGUGACCAGAGUGGUUUCUCCUCCGACAAAGAGGGUCCCAUCGAGGUGCCCGUAAAAGUGCCUCAGAAGAGACUGAAAAAGAAGAGGGAGUUGAGGUCGCCCAUUCCCAAGGUCACGGACAAACGCGUGCCUGCUGAGGUCACGGGCGACAAUGAGCCUCCCCCUUCAAAGAAAAAGAAAAAACUGAAGCGAAGAAAGAGAAAUCGCACAGGAUUCCCCACCAUAAGGAAGAAGAAGCGAAAGACCAAAGACCUAGCUGACCAGAAGGAAAAUUACCAUGAAGAAAAACCCAUCAGUGAACCCUGUGAUAGCAAGGAGCCCAUGGACACCUCGCAGGCUCCAGCAGCGACAAACCCUUCAGGCAUGGAGGUGAGCAGUGCCAGCAGUAGUGCAGCAGUGGCAGCCCCUCCACAGCCAGGAGACAGUAGUGCCCAACCCAAACCCAGUGCCAUGGUAGUGAACCCUGCCAAGGAGAGUGUGGGUGCCCCUGUCCCUGUCACUGCCGAACCAGGCCCUGAGCAGGUGGAGAAACUGGACAAGGAGAGAGUAGAGACCCCCACCUCCAAGGACCCAGUGCCUGUCCCCGCACCAAGGCCACGAGGGCGUCCGAAGAAGACAAGCACGGAGAGGAAGCCAUCGUCAAGGGCUCCCUCCGUGUCCCCCUCACAGUCACCGGAGAAGGCCACCAAGCAGCUCCGAGACUCGCUGAGGGAGAGGAGGUCCACCAAGGCUCCUGACCCAGCAGUCCCUCUCCAGGAGAAGAAAAUAGAGACUGAGCAAGAUGAGCAGCAGCUGAAGAAGAUGCUGGAGAAGGUUGCCACAGGUAUCGGGUGUCGGACGAGGCGGAAACGUGACCUGAGUGAGGAGAGUGUCAGGACGGUGCAGUCGGAAGGAAAAAGACCCAGAAGAAAUGCAGAAGAGGAGAUGGAUGACUGUGAUGCCGUGGUGCUGUCCUCCGAGUCCAUGCCCAGCAGCGAGCCGCCCUCUGGGGACGAGAGCAGCCGCACCCUCACCGGGAACAGGAAGGUCCCGCGCUGGAGGAAGAAGUACCUGGUGGCUGGACUGUUCUCGGACUACUACAAGGAUGGAGAGCCUCGAAGGAGAAAUGGAGAAGUAUCCAUGCCCAAGAACAAGCUGACCUACGACCCCGAAGAGCACGUCCACGGCCUCCUCCCGCCACCCUGCUACUGCCGCAAGUGGCUGAGAGAGCGGCAGAUUGACUUUGUGCUGCCCUACGACCUGUGGUGGCUGCACGAACACAACAUGCUGCCUGGCCGGGACAUCGUGCCCUCGUGGAACUACAAGAAGAUCAAGAGUAAUGUUUACUACGAUGUCAAACCCAACCAUGACUAUGAAUCCCAAGCCUGCAACUGUAAGCGCCCCGUCAAGCCGGGUGAGCGGGGAUGCGGCGACGACUGCAUCAACAAAAUGAUGCUCAUAGAAUGUUCCUCCCAGACGUGCCCCAUCAGCGACACCUGUGGCAACCAGCCCAUCCAGAGGCAUGAGUACAGGACGUGCCUGCAGCGCUUCAUGACGCCAGAAAAGGGCUGGGGCAUCAGGACCACCGAGUCCCUCAAGGCCGGCACCUUCAUUCUGGAGUACGUCGGGGAGGUGGUGAGCGAGAAGGAGUUUAAGAUCCGGAUGCAGACGAGAUACGCCAACGACACCCACCACUACUGCCUCAACCUGGACCGUGGGAUGGUGAUUGAUGGGCACCGCAUGGGGGGUGACUGUCGCUUUGUCAACCACUCCUGCGACCCCAACUGUGAGAUGCAGAAAUGGUAUGUCAAUGGCCAGUACCGCAUGGCUCUGUUUGCCCUCAAGGACAUUGAUUUUGGCACCGAAUUGACUUACGAUUACAACUUUUCCCUCUUCAACCCGGCGGAGGGUCAGGAGUGCAAGUGUGGGUCUGACAACUGCCGUGGGGUGAUCGGAGCCAAGUCCCAGAGAGUGAAUGGCUAUGUUGACGACAAGAAAAAAGCUGCCAAGAAGGAAGUUGGGAAGAAGCGCAAGCGUGGCACAACAUCAGAGCAGGACAACUAUCUCCCGCGGCCACACAUUACACCGAUGAAGCCGCUCUCCCACCAGCAGCAGCUCUUCAUCCUCACCCACAGGUGCUUCCUCAUCCGUAACCUGGAGAAGGUCAAGCGGUCGAGGGAACGCUUGAGUCGCUGCACUGAGAAGAAAGCCGAUGAGGUGUUGGAUGACUCUGAGGAGCCGAGCACAAGGGUGGAAAAGUUCCUGACACACUUCACAGCUCUCAACACUGCGCGAUCUGUCAAGACAAGGCGCCUGGCCCAAGCAGAGGAUGACCCUGAGAUGACCAGACUUGCCAAGUUGGCCCAGAUCUUUAAGGACAUUUAUGACAAACUGGUUGCCUCAAGGGAUGCUAGUGAUAAGCCCCUGGCCACUCCCUUCAUGACACUGCCAUCUAAGAAGAAGUACCCAACCUACUACAUCAGGGUUGGUGAGCCCAUCGACUUGGCUCUGGUGGAGAAGAACAUCCUCACUGGUCACUACAUCACUGCCGAGGCCUUUGACCGAGAUGUCAUGCGCCUUUUUGCCAACAACCUCAGAUUUUUUGGACGAAACACAGAGAUUGGACAGAUGGCCGUGGGCUUGCGGCGAGUUUACAGCGAGUGCAAGCUGCAGUUCAAGCCUUUCUUGGAGGAGGUGCUUGGGGAAGAUGCGCUUCCGGCAGCAUUUGCAAACUCCUCCCCUAAUGAAGAGUUUGAGGACGAGGAUGUGAUUCGCUGUGUUUGCAACCUGCACCGGGACGAGGGAGUCAUGAUCCAGUGCGAGCGGUGUCUGGUCUGGCAGCACUGUGACUGCAUGGGGGUGACCGACUCCCCGGAACAUUACCUGUGUGAGGAGUGCUCGCCGCGCCUCAUCUCCCCGGAGGUGCCCAUGAACCCCCAGCCCCCAGAUGCCCCCAAGGACCACAAGUACUUCAUCACACUCCUCAGAGACAAUCUGCAAGUCAAACAAGGGGACAGCGUGUACAUCCUGCGCGACCGUCCGCAGCAGAAGAGUGGGGAGAGGCGGCAGCCAGCGUACCGCCUGGCCAAGGAUGUCAAGCCCCACGACCUUCUGAUAUUCAAAAUUGAGAACCUGUGGAUUGAUGAAAAGGGAGACAAAUUUGCCUUUGGGCACCACUACCUACGGCCACACGAGACAUUCCACGAGCCUUGGCGGAAGUUCUUUUCCAAUGAAGUGAUCCGCUCCCCCUUGUGUGAGAUCUUGCCCCUGGACAUGGUCAUCAACCACUGCUGGGUCCUGGACCUCAACAGCUAUUGUCGGGGUCGGCCCAUUGGUGCACACGAAGACCAUGUGUACGUGUGCGAGUACCGAGUUGACAAGGGUGCGAGGGUCUUCUCCAAGAUCAGCAAACCCAAGUACCCGAUCUGCAUCAAACCUUACGCCUUCAUCACCUUUCCUGAGAAGCUCCGGCCACAGCGCACCUACACGCCACACGAAGUCAUAUCAAACAGUCGGGGCCGCAGUGGCAGCAGCGGUGGCUCCAAGGAAGGCCGCAGUGCAUCCGAGGAGCACAGCAGCGGCAGCAGCCACAGCAGUGCUGGCGGCAACACCAACAGCAGCUCAAGCACAGCCAGUAACAGUACUAACACUUGCCCCAAACCCAGCACUCCUGCAACCAGUAGUGGCACAACCGGGAACAACAGUGACAGCAUCAACAACAACAAUAACAGCAGCAGCAACAACAACAAUAACAACAACAACAACAACAAUAGUAACACAAGCACCGCCAUCAGCAGCAGUAAUAACAACAACAGCAGCAGCAACAACAACAGCAACAGCAGCAACACCACCAGCAGCAAUAGCCUCAACAGCAGCAGUAGCAACAGCACCACCUGUGGCAGCAGCAGCAGGAGCAGCAGGUCUCGGGACAGAGGGGCCGCACCUCCUCCCACUGAUGAGAUUGACGACCACACCCCGCUGGCUACUCGAGCCAAGAAGCGAGUGCGGGUCAACAGUGUGGCCACCAAGCUUCUGGGCCUGCUCCCGGCCAAGGGGGCGAUCGACCUGAGUUACCUGCUGGAGAACAACAAGAGACAGCGCAAGAAAACGGCAGCUUUCACUUCCUGAGAUUGGCUCAUAGGCUGGAACGGCCACCUCACUCUAAAGGAAAUGGAGGGCCAUAUGUAAACAUUGGUAUUUAUAAGGUAUUUUAAUUUCUAAAUAUUCGAUUGAUCAACAUGCAGACUUGCACACACACACAUAUUUACAAUCACACUUCACCAUAGAGAUCUUAUUGAAGAGUGCUAGUACCUGUAUAAAUUAUUCUGCUUCAAUUGGACUCGUUGUUUUACCAUCUCAUCAUUCAUCAUUGUUACUCAAAUUCUUAACACAGCUACUUCUCACCCUGUGUAUAUAUUGGUCACAUUAAGAAAUUGACGAUUGGGAUUCGUAUAACUUGAUGUUAGUUGAUGUUUUAAGUUAAGUCUCCAAAUCUAGAACCUGGACGUGCAUUACAAGAAUGUAAAUGUUUCCAAUUUGACGUGAUUGGACCACACAUGAGACGAGUGCACCCUGAGUGAAGCUGCAGGGCCGCCUCGCCUCGCUAAACUUUACCCUGACGUUAGAUCUCUAUGAACAGGACGCAUCCACACUCACACUCUACACUAGAACAAAGUAGCAGACAGACAACACUUGUAAAUAAAUUUAAUAUUGAGGAAUCUGCUAGUGUCGUACCAGCCUGACUUUUUUUGUAUAAAAAGUUAAAACAAAAUUAAAGGUGUUUUUUUUGGUGUGAAUAGUUCGUGUACUGUCUUUCAGAACGAUGGUGUGACUUGUCUGCUUACUUGAGUCACAAGCUUAGGUUUUACAGGAAAGCUAAAAGUGGCAGACUCAAUAAUGACAAGUUGAAAAAACAUUGUCAUUGUGCAUUUUAGCUUCUCUGGAUUCAUAUGUUUUUGUCCCUUAUCGUUGAUGAAUGGAUUACUCUCAUCCUGAAUAUUUUUGAACUUCGGGAACCAUCAUCAAGUCUAGAUCUGAUUCCUUGGCAAUAAUGGUGUCCAGAAAUGUUUGAGGAAUAAUGAUAUGUCGAAGAAUCCUUUGGAAGGUAUGGCAGAAACAUACCAUUCGUGCAUCAUGUUUUGGUACCAUUUAUGUGUAACAACAUAUUGUACAAGUUCAAGGAACCAUCAUAAAACUGUUAGAUCUGAUUUCAUGCAUUUACCAAUGUCCAGAAAUGAAUUUAUAUAGAAUGUCAUAUAAAUAUGCAAGAAAAGAACCUUUUCACUGACUUAAAAUGUGAAUUUGGGCAUGUUCUAUUAUUGAGGAAACAAAUGCAUUAUCAGAUGGAGUAAAUCUGACAAUUUACUUUAGAAAUUCCUAUGGAAUGUGAGGAUGAUCAAAUUGGUCUUGUAACAUGGAUGGUGAUUACCUGUAAAAUUUAUAGCUUCUCUGCCAUUUUAUAGUGAAGUUUUAGCAUAGCAUAAAAUAUUGUAUUUUAUUCUUUCUCAGACGUUUUGUUAAGAAUAGGCACAUGUAUCAUGCAUGAUGCUGGGAAUGAGUUUGUACAAUGAUAAAUACUGCCGAGUAGAACAGUGUCCCCACGCGAGAGGGAAUGCUGAAGAGGCUAAGCACGGAAGAAGAAUGUACAGUUGGCCUGACGCAGUGAACAAAGGAAAAAGUGAAAUAGUCUAGGUCAGCUUUGGCACGUCCUUGUGUAGCAAUAAUAGGCCAGCGCUGGUGAGGCCGGGCCAGCUGUCCCCGGGGCUGGCCGCUGCCCCGUGAGAAAGAUGCUCUGUGCACUACGAACAACAACCUAACUGUACUUAUUGAUAUUGUAUGUAAGUUCAGCACAAUAACCGUUUUUAAACACAUAGGUUCUAAGAAAUAUGGCUGUAAGUUAUCCAGUUUUAUAAAUGUACUGCUUGUAUAGAUGAUAGGUGUAAGAAAGUACAAAGAUUUUCUUCUCUUAUUUUUAUUUAAUUUUUUACUAGUGUGUAUAAAGCUGGAGGGCAAGCUUUUCCGUAGAGUAACUAGUCACUGGACGCAUUGUGGUGCAUUUGGUCGAUCCUUCCAUCAUCCCUGUGUACAAGCAAGGAGCUAAGUGUUAAUGAUGCAAAUCUCAGUAUCAGAUACUGAAUUCACAUUCAAGAGUAUAUAAUACUCAUAUAUACAAUUUUUUACUUGUAAAUUAAGACAACAAAUCAAAAUUUCUUUUUAUAAAACUAGAAAACGAUGGAUUUUGUAGUAGAUGUAUAACCUAUGAUAGUGAGUACAAGGAUUUUUAAGUUAUUUGAUUGAGAUUUUUAAUAUAUACUUUUAAUAAUGAACUACACUAAGUCAGAUUUCUGGUUUCUCUCAAAAUAUGUGUAAAUAUUGUUUGACUGGAGAGCAAGAAAAUGACUGAAUGCUGUGCAUUGUUGUAUGUAAAAUAGAAGGAAUAUUUUUAUAAUAAUGUCUGGCAGCUCUUUUGUUCAUGUCAUUGUUAUGGUGUUGUACUCCCUGUGCUGUUUCCCACAUGUUGUGUUUAUGUUUUCCGCACCUCACCUGGCAAGACUUGUCACCAAACAUUACAAAACUUACAAAACACAAAAAAACAGGCAGCUUGAUAGGUUUCUGUAUCCUUGAGUCACAUCCAUAGCUACAACCUCUUCCCAGGUGAUAAUUUUACUCAUUUACAAUAGACCAGAAAUGGGAGGCACUUACCAGGUGUUUUAAGGAAAUUUGUGUAUUGAAGCAAUUGAAAGAUACACAGGCUUUUAACAUUGAGUUACAUAUUCUAUGAAAACAAUUGUACCAAAGUACAAUGAACCUUACAACAGCUGUAAAAUAACAUUAUUACCAAGAGAAGAAAUAUGUGUACAGAAGUUGACAUUGUGAUUACUAUAUGACAUAAUUGACAAUUGUACAGAUAUGCACACACACAUACACACACACACAUACACACACACACACACACACAAACACGCAAACAUUACAAACACAUAUACACAGACACACCUUCACAAAAACAACCACACAUCAGAUGUACACUCUUACAUGCAGUCACGUGCUCGCACACACAUAGAAAAUACACAACCAUGUUACAUUUUUGCAUCACAAGGCAUUAAUUAAACUCCAUUACAUUGCACACUUUCUAAUUCAUAAGGGCACACACACGCACUCACACUCACACACACACACACACGCACUCACACUCACACACACACACACACACACACACACACACACACACACACACACACACACACACACAACAAAGGACACACAGCAUUUGAGGCUUGCAUUCCAAGUGUUCCUCCCCUCCUGAAUACACGCUAAUAGUGCAUAAACGAGUGAGAACUUUUGCUACUACUAUUUAGGUGUUGUUUAUUCUUUGUACUGGAGUGUGGCAGCGUCCACAGUCCCCUGUUGCCGGUCCUUCCCUUGUUCAUCCCUCGUAGCGCCUCCCAACAUUUUCCAGACUCACUCAUAGUAGGGUUAAGCAGUUACAACAGUACCAUUAGUUCAGAAGCUUUUUGCCAGUUAUUGCUGUUAACAGAUGUUAUGCAUGGUCCACACCAGUGUUUGUACAUGUAAAUUUGGUUUUAUUAGCCGUGGCCAUGGCCAGGGGGGGUGGCGACAGUGCCGGUCCAUUGACUGUGGUGGUAACUUAAUGAUAAUGUGAUGUCUGCCGGCCGCCCCCUCGGCUGCGGUCCACAGUCUCACCUAAGCAGUUUUACAAUUUUGCCUCCUAGUUAUACUGAUUUGUUGGGAGCUCCCUGUGUAGUAGAUUUUAAAGUUUAUGUUAUUCAAUCCAUGUACAAGUGGCGGGAAGGUGCAUACCUCUACUGAAUACAAGAGCAUCUCACUUUCUGUCUGAAUAUGAGCAAAUACAUUUCACAACAAAAUUUUUCAUGACAAUAGCCCAAUAUGCAUCUUCCCAUAUCUCAGGACAUAAUGUUCAUUUGUACAUAACCAUGAAAUUCAUCUUGGAAUAAAUUAUAAUUUUA